UUCCCCAUGUCAACGGAUUCAUUCGGACCUUUCUCCUAUCUAUUUCCCUGCGCAUCUCGACCAGGUCAAAGAUGCGUGACAUGCAUCGUGAACUUUCUCUUAUCUUUCUCAAUCAUCAAUCUUCAAUGCGAGCGGCUUUCCUCCUCUGACAUCCGAUGCGGUGGAAAGUCUCAAUCGAUCCUUUUUGAGUUCUGACCGCUCGUAUUUUAUUUUUCGCUGGACGCGUCUGCCAAUAUUGUACCUGCAGUAGCUUUCACGUGAAAACAAGUCCAUUUUCCCCUGGACCGUGCUAUUCUAGACCCCACCAAUCGGCACACCGGCAUGGAAACGUGUAAGUACGAUGGCUAUCUAUCCCAAUACUCCUUCGACAUAAACUCCUACCACGCUCCAAGAUGGAUGACAGCCCUCCCAUCCGACACAAGCCUCACCAAUCUCUCCAUCCCAGGGACACACGACUCCAUGACAGCAAUCAUCAACGGCCCUGACUACCAAUGCCAAAACCACCCUCUAACCACCCAACUCGAAGCCGGCAUCCGCUACUUCGACAUCCGCGCCCGUCUCCACAACGACGAACUCCGCAUCUACCACCAAGACUCCUAUACCGAACACACCUACGCCAACGUCUUAAUAACCCUCUUCUCCUUCCUCGACUCGAACCCGGGCGAAACGAUCCUCAUGCGCCUAAAGGAAGAAAGCACACCCAUAAACUCCACCAUCGAUUUCAUCACCUCCUUCAAUUACUACCGCCUCAACUCCACCAUCACGGCAUCCGGCUGCUCCCAGCAUUUCUACGUCCCACCAACACCUGGCCCGACCGUUGUCCCUACCCUCGGCUCGCUCCGAGGCAAGAUCCUCAUUCUGCAGAACUUUGGCGAGGACCCCGCUGAGUACGGCAUUAAAUGGGAGUCCCCACUCGUCGACCUCGAAGAUUAUUGGGAGGUGCCGGAUCUGGCCGAUUUGGACGAGAAGUGGGUUGCUAUACAAGAGCAUCUGUGGGCUGCGGAUAAUGGGACGGAGGCUGGAGAUGGGAAGCUGUAUUUGAGUCAUUUGAGUGCGAGUGUGGGUGUGCUGCCGAUUGAAGCUGCGACCGGGAAUCAUAAUGGGAGUGUGGUGGGUAUGAAUGAUCGGACGGGGAAGUGGUUAAAGGAGGGGAAUGGAGCGAGGACUGGGGUUGUGAUUGUGGAUUUCCCGGGGCAGAAACUUGUGCAGGAGGUUUUGAAGAGAAAUGGUGGUUGA